UCUCAUAAACACAUAUACAUAUAUAACAUACUUAUUGUCAUAGAUAUAACAAUUAACUGCCAAUUAAACGGACACCACCUAUGCAAUGAUUGGUCAGUUGAAGUAAUAAGAACCGGCAAAUAUAUAGAAAAAUAUCAGCAAAAAAUUUCAGUACGUUAUUUCUAAAUAUCUCGUCUUAUUUGUUCAACAUAGUUGGGGCAUAUUUGAUAUCACCAGUGUUAUCAAGAUGAAGUCAGCAGCUGUAAUUUGUCUUGCCAUUCUCUUGUUGUCAGCUGUGACAACGAAUGCACAAGUUUUCUUUGGUGGAUAUCCCAGGUAUGGGUACCCAGGUUUUGGAUAUCCAAGAUUUGGAAGAGGAGGAUUUUUCGGUGGUGGUGGUGGUGGACGCGGAUUAGCUGUAUUGGGUGGUGCGGCUCUUCUAGCUGGUGGCGGUAGUCCACUCGUUCGAGGUAUUGGAGCUGCUGGUCUUCUUGGAGGAUUGGGCUUUUUUUGAUCUGGUUUAACAGAUUGCAAGAAAACAUUAGCCAUUCCUUUCCAGUGCUUUGUUUGAACUGUUACAUACAUUAUUUUGAUAAAAGUAAAACAUUUAAACUUU